GUGUGCAUGUAUCGAAGACUUCUCUGCCUGUGAAUCUGCUAAUGCGUCCUGUAUGUGGCGAGCGGCACGCUGAAAUCAUCCUUCAAACAUGAUUGCAGUCAUUGCCAUCGCAAACAGAAUUUACAAACUAUUGUAAGGAAUCCAUUGAUCUAUGUAGAUCUAGUCUCACUCUCCGAGAAUACUCAGUAAACUGGUAGGAGUCACUUUACAGCGGCAUGAAAAUGCUUUGAAUGGUCUCCAGCACGAUGGACGUAAACUUACCCAGCCUCAUCGCUAUCGCUGGACUUUCAUUGUUUCUGGCGAAGUUUCUGCAUAUCGUGGCCACAUGGUGGCUUCAUCGGCGCUUUCUGAGGCAGCGAAUACCGGAGCCGUGCAAGCCCCACUGGCUUCGGGGACACCUGGUGGCCGACAACCGUCUCGCAUGGGACACCUACAUCGGGUAUGCUCGUAAACUGCCGCGUAUGUUCUUACGGCAAUUGGGACCUUUUACGACCUCAGUCUCAGUGAGCCAUCCGGACACUAUUGCAGAUGUUAUGAGAACGAAGUCAGUAAAACAUCCAUUAUCUGGAAGAGUUUUCCGCGCUUGGCUUGGAAAUGGACUCCUGUUCACGGAGGGUAAGCGGUGGGCCCGUGAUCACAAGUUAAUUUCUAACGUGUUUUCGCCGGACAUGCGCCGCGAGUAUGUGAAUUUCUACAAGGAAGCAGCAUUCAUCAUGCUUGAUCUCUGGGAGGAGCAGCUCAACAAGAGUGUGGAUGUAUCGCAGUAUUUUCCAAUGCUGACGUUUGACAUCAUCCUGCGGUGCGCUAUGGGUACAGAGACCAACUGCCAAACGGAAAGCGAUCCAAGCGCCCCUGCCUUGCGCUAUGCUGCUGCAUUGAGAGGCAUCAUUGAGAUUAUCUUCUCGCGUUUCAAGAAACCGUGGUUCUACUCGGAUUUCAUAUUCCUUCAUUCGCCCACUGGUCGUCGCUUCCAGAAGUUGCUAGCGGAAACACACAAGUUCAGUGAACAACUUAUCCGAGACCGACGGGCAUGUCUCCAAAAGGCCGAAGGUGGAAUUGAUGCUGGAAACCAACGUCAUCGAGACAUGCUCGACAUUUUACUGAUGGCAAGAGAUGAAGACGGUGUGGGAUAUAGCGACACGGAGAUCUGUGAGCAUGUCGAAACGUUCCUCUUUGCGGGCCACGACACUACAGCCUCGGCCUUCCAGUGGAUCAUACACUAUCUCAGUCUAAACCAUGAUGUCCAAGAACGCUGCCGUAAAGAAGUACUAGCGGUCUUGGAGAGAUGUGGUGGUUUGGACAACUUUGCUCAUGAGCACCUGGCUGACCUGGAGUACUUGACACAAACAAUUCACGAGGUGUUGCGCUUGAGCAAUGUUGUCGCAUUUGUAGCGAAGACAAGCAAGCAUGCCUUUCAAGUGGAUGGUGUUAGGCUACCUACAGGUACAGGCUUUCAACUCAACAUGAUGGGAGUCCACAUGAGCAAACAAGUCUGGACUGACCCGGACACGUUCAAUCCUGAUCGAUUCUCACCAGAUCAAGGCAGCACACGGAGUUCCUAUGCCUUCAUUCCGUUCAGCUGCGGUCCACGUGCGUGUAUUGGUAAACACUUUGCCAUGGACGAGAUGAAGGUGGUGAUGGCCAUGAUACUGUCCAAGUUCCGCUUUACGCCAGACCCUCACGCCAAACAGCCUGCCUGGGUAAUGGCAUUGAUCGUCAAGCCAGAUCCCGGUGUGCAUGUAAAAUUGGAGCUGGUAUGAACAUCAAGUAGGUGCGCGCACACUCAUACACACACACACACACACACACACACACACACACACACACACACACACACACACACACACACACACACACACACACAGCUGUUUUUCAACAUGCGUUUUUCAACACUUGCACUGCCAACAAGUCUUCCAUGACUUCAUGUGCUUGAGCUAAACCGGACACGUGCGCAAAGAGUGAGCCGACGGUGCAAUGUGGAGAGCUACAUGUACAUGUAGACGUGGAUGGAGUGCAUGGGUUAGAGGCCGGGUGGGUUACUUGAAUGGCUGCUGUAUCCGCCCUGCUUUGCAGUGUCUGGCAGUAACUUUUAAAACCUCUUUGCAGACGUUCCUUUGAUUUCAUUGUUUUCAAUGCCAUUUUACACCUUGUUUUCACAAUUCGAAUCUCUAGUGAGCGUUCAUUUUUUCUCCAUCUCUUAUUUCAAGAGCCAGUAUAAAAUACAUGUAGGUGAUUAAUUCUUUUCCAGUCAUUCAACAACUCAACCUUCUCUGAUGAGGUCUUAGUGAUCGAAACAGCUGUCAGAAGGAAUAGAACGAAAAUACUCGAAGGAA